UUAAGGAAGAGAAGGGACAGCAAAUCCUGUACAGAAAGCGCUCUGCCACCUCUAUCUGUUCAAGUUGAGGCCCAAUCGCAACCAGUAAGGUAAGCGUUGGUUUUGUCGAAACUUUGGGCAAGUUACCUAAUGAUAGGUGAAUUUUAUAACCAAGGUAACUUACGUUCCGCAGUUUAGUCCAUUUGUUUUAAUGAUGUCGUUAUAUCGGACAAUUUCACUCCUGCCACGUGUUUCAUUAUAGUACUAACUAGAUGCCCUCUUUGUUUUAGCGGUGAAGGCUGCUUAUAAACUUCUUUAAGGUAUUUUUAAGUCAACAUCCUUGUGGCGAAGACUGGCUAGCUUUCGACCGGAGAUCGGACAAAAGGUUUGUGAGACUUACAAUUUUUCAUGGUACUAUAAUCACUGUUCCUGAUAUGACUCCGUGUUACAUGGCGUCUCUCCUUCUAGGAUAGAUAUUUUGUCAUAUGAACUGUCACCUUUGUCGAUUUCUGUGUGAAAAAUAUAAUCUAUGUUUCUGACAUUUCAGCUUGAAGUUUUUAGUUUUCUCGUCUUAAAAAUACUUUGAAGUCGUUUAUACUGGUCCGAUUGUUCCGAAAACAACAACAACAAAAAAUAUAAAUAGGAAGAAAAAUUAAAGUAAAACCCGCUGACUGUUUUGAGGCCAUAAGUCGGCCACAAACACAACCCGUUUUUACUUACAUGGCUCUUUGAUAGGAUUUUUGGUAGUUAUUCCUCUGAAUUGGAUAAAAUUUUUCUUGAAUUUCUUCGGUCAAAUUUUGGAAUUUGUAGAGAGCACUAUGUCAGGCAAAGCCAGUCAGCUGUCAUUUAAUAUAAAGUCGAAUCAGUCACCCGUUUGACAGCCUCACCCAAGUUCCACAGAAUAGGAAUAUUGUUUUGCUAUAAUUGAUCACAUAAUUUGCAAAGACUCAAAUGCUCAAAAUACUACUUAAAUUGAUUUUGGCAGAUAAAGAUGGAUUUUAUUUUAUCUCAAAGACUAUUCUUAGUUUUAUGAGAGUGGUUACGGUUCAAUUGACCAUACAGGUGGAGAACAAUACGGAUAGGCCGUCGGGACUUAUUAAAGGACGACCAUGACCGCCUGAUAGAGGUAAAAGUUACAGUAGUUAAGGGGAAACAAUUUCGGAACUUCGAAGGUGGAUCAGGUUUUUCUGUCAUAGUUUGACUAACGCAGGCUCGAUGGUUAUUUCUAUCAUUUGGCUGACUAGACAGCGAGCUUGUCUCCUUUGUUAAUCAUGACGGUUUUUUUGAUAAUUUGUGUGCUUUGAUGGGGUAUCCAUUCUUUUCUUAUGCCAUGGUAUCAAAUAGUAAAUCACUUAUAUAUCUAAUUUACAGCAAUCGAACUGUAGAAAACGUUAAAAAGAGUAGAUACCCAGAUUAUUAAUUAUUAUAACAUUACCACAUCAUUCCUGUUAUUCCUGUUCAUUCCCAUAACAAUUUUUUCUGAGCAAAGAAAAUCGUACUUUGAAUAAAUUAUGAGUGACGGAUUACUGUCAAAAACUUGAAACAAUGAUGAAUAAUUCGCAAAAAUAUUCAAUCCAGGUGCAAAUUUUCAGCUUCCAUCCCCAAGUCUCCAAUUGUUUAUUUUAAUCAAGUCGGUGGCAAAGUUACUGUUUACUUAUUCGGCAGAACAUAAUCUUUGAAUUAAUUUGAUAUAACCUUAAACAUUCUCUCAAACAACAGUUAGAAAGCAAAUCCCUUUAAAGUAAUAUUCAACUCAGAUUAGCUAUUUCACUUUCACAGACUUUGCAUGUAUAACUCCAGAAAACUCUAAGUAAGGCCCACUUCAAACGUGGUUCGAACUUUUCAGACUUUUUAUGGGCCGAACCUUGCACAAAUGCACCGAAAGUUUUCUGUAGGGAAAGAACUUAAAGCGAGGAAUUUAUUUUGGCUGAAAACGAAUGUCACUGCGCCUGACCAAUUUGAAAGUGAAAUGAACUUGCCCGAUGUGGCAUCUGGCUAACAUGGUUGAGAAGUUGAAUCACUUAUCGUUUCAUGUGAAUCAUUGCACAAGCUAGGGAUCUGCUGGUCCCCUCGGAAGACUUAUGGCAGCUUAUGUGGUUUGUAGAUUUUGGAAUAUGUGAGAGAACACUGCGGCACACCUAGUGGAGCAGCUGCGAUAAUGGACGAGGGAAUUUCCAUUUCUACAGGCAGAGCGUGUCAUGAUAUGGUGAUUUAG